AUGUCGCUCCACCGCAUCCUCCUCUACCUUCUCUCUCUCACCUCCGCCGCGCUCGGCACCGACCAAGACACCGUCAACAAUCCCACCCACACCUCGGACAUCGACACAUCCUCAUCAUACAGCCGCAACCUCUUCACAAAGACUUUCUCCUACGGUGGAAGCAUUCCUCCACCAAGCUCCCUCCCAGGUCCGCAUACCCAUCCCCCGUCUCUUCCACAUAACCCACGCCAGCGAACAGUCCUGACCAUGCAAGUAGACACAGAAACAGUCUUCGCCGAAGAACCCCACCUUGAAGACACCCGCUGCUCCGCUUCCCAUAACUGCCUCCCUGGCGACUACUGCUUCGUACAUGACGCCUCAAUCCGCUGCUGUCCCGAGGGUCUAGCCUGCUUCAGUAUUACAGCAGAUGUCUGUUACGAGCAAACGGUAUACUGGUACGAGGAGGUUCACGUGCACUACGUUGAUGUCGAUGAGGAUGGUGGGGAGGGGGAAGAAGUUGCUGUUGUGACGGAGUGGGAGGUUGAGAGUUCGGUUGUGCAGACUGCGACGCGGGUGACGGUUACGGCGUCGUAUCCUGCCGAUGGGAGGGGGGAGUUUGCGAGGGUUAGUCGGGGGAUUGUCAGGGACGCGGAGACGAGGGUUGUGCUUGAUGAAGUUCCGACGAGGACGAGGGAGAUUACUAGAGGGGUUAGGAGGACUUCGGGAGUGGAGGAUAUCGGGAUGCUUGAUGGGUUGGGUCUAUGGGAUGAACAGGUUGUGCUUGGAUAGAUCUCGUGCAGUGCUCCUAAAGCAGAUGUUUUUCUUUCGUCGCGUAGAGGUUUCUCGGCACGUGCCAGGUCAG